AUGGUUACGAUCUCCGGCACCAGUCGCGCGAUCUUCGCUCUGUGCUCCCUCAUCGCCGCCCAGGGCGGCUUUGCUUCGGCGUUUGCAACCGCGGGCGAAAUCGGCGCGUGCCUCGACAAGGCCGGCAUUCAGAACUCGGUGCCCACGACGUCGACCUGGAAGGCCGACACGGAGGCGUGGAACUCGCGUGUGAGCCCCGUGCCGUCGGCCGUUGCCUUCCCCAAGAACGAGGAGGAGGUGUCGGCCGCGCUCAAGUGCGCUGCUGAUGGUGGUGUGAAGGUGACGACGCUGGGCGGCAACCGCUCGUUCUCGAGCAUGGGCUUCGGCCGCAACGACGGUGCUCUCAUCAUGAACCUCAAGCACCUCAAGCACCUCGAGUACGACGCGUCCACUGGCCUGCUGUCGUACGGCGGCCCCGUCAUGAUCUCAGAGGCCGCCAACUACAUGUGGAGCAAGGCCAAGCGCACGCUCCCGCACGGCCGUUGCCCCGACGUCGGCAUGACCGGUGUGGCCGCCUCGGGUUUCGGCACCCUCUCGCGCGCCAGCGGCACGGUGCUGGACAACAUCGAGUCUGUGCGCGUGGCGCUCGCCAACGGCUCCAUUGUGGACGCCGAUGCCAAGCAGAACUCGGACCUGUUCUGGGGCGUGCGCGGUGCCGCCAGCUCCCUGGGCGUGGUGCUGGACUUCAAGAUCAAGACGUUCGACCCUCCGUCGCAGCGUGUGACGAACUACACGAUCGAGUUCAACUCGAGCGCCAAGCCGACGCAGCAGGACAACGUCGACGCGCUCGUUGGCACGCAGACGUGGGCUCUGAGCAAGGACAACAGCGACCUGCUGUCCAUCCGCUUCGGCCUCAAC